AUGGAAUGCGUAGGAGUUUUAUCAGCGCCGGAAGAUGUGAUAUCACCAGCAAACAUACCUCUAUUUGGAAUCCUGGCGGAAAAUACAGCAGAACCGGGACAGUGCUAUUUCUGCUUCGAACAAAUUGAUGAAAACGAGCUACUGGCGAUGACAAUGCAUUGCUGCCAACAAAAAGCCCACUGUCGGUGUCUCCAGAUGUGGGCGACACAUUACAUUGGAACAGAUAUUGAAACCGUACGGUGCGGGUACUGCAGAGCACCAUUCCCGGAUAAGGAACUCUGUUAUCUGUGUCUACAAAACAAAAUCACUGGACAAGAAUUGAAGGAAACCCGAUGCU